CGGUUCGCUACAACUUUUACUUUCUUUUAGUCGUAAAAUACACCUAGUUCCUUAUGUUGCUCGCAUCCUCAUCCACGCUGCCCGUUGGCAUGUGACCGACGCGCGCACACGCACCUUGCACUCUGUGAACGGUUGCUUAGAGAUAAAAUUGCCAGAUUCCGAAAUGUGUACCAAUAGACCGCGACAGCCCGACUAGGUGAAACGGGAGACAUGGUGGACCGAGAGACACGCGAGGUGUCGGUAAUUACCUACACUUUUCAUACGCGAGUCGUGACGCACACGAGAGGAUCAGACUCACACACCUAAUCGGGCCCACGUGUAGCUAUGGUCUGCGUCUCGCUUUUUGUCGUACAUUUUAUUGGAGAAAUUAGCUUGGAAAAUAGUUCUUUAUCAUGUUCAAGUUCAGUUACAUAAGUACGCGUGCAGAAGAAUUGGUGCGGAAUGGCGGAUGUUUGGUGGUGCUCGCCAGUGAAGCGGCUCGCAGUUAUAUACUCCGGCGGGCGCCCUCGUCCGGCAGUCGACGUUAGGCCACCCUCGUGUGCGAAAUUUGUUUUAUCGUUGGAGUGCAGUUAAUAAGGAAAAAUGUGCGCCCUACUUCACACAACGGUUCUCGCCGUCGUCUGCGUAGCCGUAGUGGCCGCUAACGUUCACGGGCCCAGGAGAUCCAGAAUAUUGGAUUUGGAAAAAGUGCCGGAAUACAGACAGAACGAGGUCGACAGCGGCAGAGCCGACGAGAGCUCCUGGUGGCCGUCGGCGGAGUUCGCCGUGCUGCAGAAAGUUUACGACGAUUGCAGCGAGCAGAGACACAUCACCCUGUGCCUCAAGGGCAAAGCUCUCACGGUGUUGUCGAGGGCAGUGGAGCAGGAGAGCAUACAGCUCGCCGACGGGCUAACGUUGGUCAAGCAGUCUGAUGCGCCCGCUGCAGUGGCAGAGCCUCGCUUCCUUCCCGGCAUGACGACGGAAGACAAAAUUGACGCAGCUUUGAAAACCAAGUUCGAGCAGCUGCUCAACACUCACACGGUGUCUAUGGAUCUCGCUUCGGAAGGUAGAGGAAGAGGAAAGAAGGCCCUCCCUUACCUCAUGCUCGGUAUUUUCACGACCGUGAGCAUCGUCGGAGGCAUGGCUCUCAAGACCUUAGCCGCCAUAGCCGGUAAAGCUCUCAUCGCUAGCAAAGUCGCUCUCACGAUCGCUGGUAUUAUCGCUCUCAAGAAGCUGUUCAGCCAGGACGGAGCCGCCGCCGAAACGACGUUCCAAGUCCACGCCGAUGGUCAUCACAGUCUUUAAUUCGAAGGCGGAACCUGUACGUUGUGAGGCCAGUGAGGUCGGGCGCGCUGGACCCAUACUCCCUAUACUAGACGGACGAAGCUCGCGGCUUCGUUAUACUUUGGCGCGCCACCUUUCUAGCGACAUCGACGAGAACAUGCCAAAAUCUACAAAAUGACCUCAAACCAAAGCUUAGUCCACUGAGUGGAUCGUCCUCCUAAUUUAUCGUUAGCCCUCCCUGUAUAAAAUGUCAGUUAAUAAUUUAUUGUUAUUUAUAUGUUUCGACUACGGUAAUAGGAUUAUUUAAUUGUUAAUUUAAU